CAUUUUAGUUUGAAUUCAACGUCGCAUUGCUAAAAAUCAUACCCACCAAAUUGCAGACUCUCGAUUAAAAAAUAAUUUUCAGAAUAUACAGUUAACAAAUUUCAAUAACUACUCGUCUAAAGAUUCGUGCUUUUAUCGAAUUAAAAAGAAGUCCAAUCGUAACAUAGAGGAUUACAAAGUUCCCUGUGAUUUCAUUCACACUGCGUUUUAUAUAAUCACAAUCUCUUGCACGCCAGAUACAAUGGGCAUUCCGGAUAUUCGUCAAUUGAUCACUCUGGAGUUCGAGGUGUAUGGCCAUGUUCAAGGCUUGAAUCUUACAAAAGACACGCGAGACCGUUGCACCAAGGCAGGAAUCACUGGAUGGGUGAAAAACAGUAAGCGUGGCACAAUAGUAGGAAAAAUGCAGGGGCCCAAGGUGGAGGUGGAUAAAAUGAUCGAAUGGCUAUCCAGUGAAGGUUCGCCGGGCUGUCAAAUCGAACGAUGCGAGCUGCGAAAUCAAAGCAAUUUGAAUCGACUAGAUUACAAGGAUUUCGCCAUUAGAUUUUAAGUCCGCGGGCAAAUAUACAUAUUUCUAUUUCUAGUUUUUGUGUUUGUUAUGUGCACUAUUUUGAUAAGAUUGUAAAGACCAGUAAAUAAAUGGUUUAAAAACCGA